GGCAACAGAGUACGCAAUACGAAAUGGAGCAAGCCUACAGCAACGCUUCUAAACACGUAGCUGUGCUCGCUUUCCCCUACGGCACACAUGCUGCCCCUCUCCUCAACCUCAUCUGUCAGCUGUCGGACGCUUGCCCCGACACGAUGUUUUCCUUCCUUAGCACCCAGCAGUCGAACAGUUCGACGUUUCAAAUGAAGCUCGACAAGGUUAAGCCUUUUAACGUGUGGGACGGAUUACCCGAAGGGUAUGUGUUUAAGGGUAAUCCUCGUGACCCUGUCGAUUAUUUUCUUAAGGCGGCGCCGGGGAAUUUCACGGAGGUUUUGGAUGAAGUUGUGGCCGGAACUGGUAAGCCGAUUGAUUGCUUGAUAACAGAUGCUUUUUAUGCGUUCGGGGCUGAUAUCGCCGAUGAAUUGAACGUUCCUUGGGUGGCGCUUUGGACGGCGGGCCCCAGGGCUCUCUUCGUUCAUGUCGAUACCGAUAUUAUUCGACAGCAAGUAGGAACUAAUGGUCCACAAGACAAGGCGCUUGAUUUUCUUCCUGAUUUUUCUGCUAUACGUGUUGCUGACUUACCCGAUGGAAUAACCUCCGGGGAAUUUGAUGCCCCCUUACUAGCAUUGUUCCAUAAAAUGGGACCAGCACUGUCACGCGCCACCGCGAUAGCCGCAAACUCAUACGAAGACUUGGACAACACAGUCGUCAACAUGCUUAAACUAAGAUUCAAUAUGUAUCUAAACGUCGGUCCCUCCAAUCUAGUAUCAAGUUCCACAGUCAACGACUCGCACGGCUGUUUGGACUGGCUGAGCAAGCACGAGCCAGCAUCGGUGGCGUACAUCAGCUUCGGGACCGUGAUGGAACCACCCCCCCAGGAGCUGCAAGCACUAUGUGAAGCCCUGGAGGAAAGUGAGUUCCCAUUUCUUUGGUCUUUUAGAGGAAGCCCUGAGAAGCAAUUGCCAUCAGGGUUCCUCGAAAGAACGAGCUCGAAAGGGAAGAUAGUUCCAUGGGCUCCUCAGCAGAAAAUAUUGGAACAUCCAUCGGUCGGGGUAUUCGUAAGUCACGGUGGAUGGAAUUCGGUCCUGGAAAGUAUCUGCGGAGGCGUGCCAAUGAUUUGCAGGCCUUUUUUCGGAGACCAAGGUUUGAACACUCGAACUGUGGAGGCAAUAUGGGGAUUCGGGUUGGGAUUAGAGGGAGGAACAUUGACGAAAGAAGGAGCAAUGAAAGCGUUGAAGUUGACACUGCGCAGCCAACAAGGGAAGCAACUGAGAGACAGAAUUAGACCACAAAAAGAGCUGGCUUACAAUGCAGUAAAGCCCAACGGUAGCUCGGUUGAAAAUUUCAAAACACUUGUAAAAGUUGUCAGUAACAACUGACACUUAAAACACCAAGUUAAUUGAUCAAUAAAGUGAUGAACUAAUUUCAUCAACACAAA